AUGUCCUCUGAUUCAGCCAUUCUAAUCGCCAACCCCAAACCAUGCACUAUGAAGCCUUCACGGCUUCUGGGAAAGGCCAUUAGACUCAUGGACGGUUUCGUAUUCGAAUCAAUCGACGAGUUGUGUGCGGCACCAGACAGCAUUCUCACGCCCUUUGUUAAGGACAAGAUCGAGGGCAUUGAGAUUACUCCAGAGGAAGCCAGGGAUAAUCUUGCCAGCCGGGUCAAGCAUGCCUUUCUCAUAUUCGUUCAAGAGGAGGAUGUAUACCGUCGCCUUCGAGGUGACAAAGCUUUUUACCAUCUGAUGCUCGCGAACUGGAAUUCAGAUCACUCAGCAGCACCAUUCCCCCCUGCCCGUAUGAAAGAGCUCAUGAACCUGUGGAUUGCCGCUCGUCGCCGUUACCUAGUCGCGAAUGAGCACACAGAAGCCUGCGAUGCCACUUUAGAUCUAACGGUCGCUGUUGAUCAAGCUAUCUCAAUUAUCGACGAUAUCGACAGCACGCUCCCCACACGACGCACUCUCGGUCUAAACCCUCCCAAUGGUCUCAAGAAGGCCGCCUGCUGGCCUCCCAAGCAUUUCGGACCGCUUGAUGUUGCAAUCAUGGCCGAGACAGCAACUCGUAAGGCACUCUUUGGCGUCGGUAACAAGCAUCUUAUGGACGAAGAGGAUGUCCCGCUAUAUCCUAACGACCAGGACCACCCUCUGACAGCCCGCAAGUUCCUUUGCUGGCUGUCUUUGGCGGAGACAAAACCUACUUCUAAGGCUUCACUUUUCCUUGCUCCCGUUGCGUUUAUUACCCACGAAGAGCGCCAAGACUGGUACAAGAUUACGGGGCAUAAAUCUCGCUUCUACGCUACUGUCGAUGAGUUCAUCGAUUAUGCCAGGGAUGAAUUCCGCAAGACCGGCAUAGAAUCAAAAAACUACGUAAUGUGUCUCCUUACCCCGUGGUUCUUCGAGAAGAGCGAGAUUGUGGCGGACGCGGAGAAAAAAGACAGGCCCAUCCCAAAGUCCUGGGAGAAAGGCUGUUUCCGAGCUGGAAUGAUGCUGCGAAUUAACAGAGUCAGAGAGCCCAACACUUCCCCGGAGUAUCAAGUUGUCCUAUUUAAGCCAGGUUUGCCACAUUACCAUUCCGUAGCUGAGCCACCGGCCAGACGAGCAAAGCAGGAUGUGUGGGUAGAUCGAUUACUGGAUGAAUUGUCGGCAAUGUUUUCUCCACAGGAAGGAUGGAUUGGUGGGGCAGUGCGUACUCAUACUUAUCCCAAUUCCAGAAACUGCGGUCUGGACUCUGUGGAAGUAUCAAGUGAGGUCAUCGAAACGGUCAUGCGAGACCCAAGCACGUUUCCCUCCACUUCAGAUGAGUUUGAUACGAGGGGGUACACACCCAUCGAACGAUACUCAGGCUCCCAGUGA